GAACAGGGAGUCUCGGAAGCCAAGAGAACUCCCGGCUCGGCCGCGUAAUCGUAUACAGUCUCAAGGCGUUUGAGCGAGGACAUGAGCGACGAGAGGUGGGCUGGGCUGAGCUGUACUGUACUGGGAGAUGGGCUAUCUACUUGUAGGAGCCGGCAAGGCGCUGCAUUAUCUCAAAAUCGAAGCUGCUACCCGAACCCUGGUCUCGGGUGCAAGUGAGCACCUCCGCUGGCCUAUCGAGUCAAUCAGCACAUGGAAAGAUCUGAUCUGUGUUGGCGGAAACAAGGAAGGCGUCUCGAUAUUCGUCUACGAUGCGACAUACAAGCGGUUUCAGCACUGCAAGAGCGACCGCUAUGCCAAAUGGGUUACCGAUGCCCUCCUGCUUGACGAACAGCUGAUUGUCUCGACAGACAAGUUCGGUGGGCUGUCGGCCAUGAUCUACUCAAGUCGGCAGUCUGGUCAACCCACAAGAGACAACAAGUCUACUCGGUGCUCCCGAGCUGCAAGCGUGGCUGGGCUUUGGUCCCGGUGACCUUGGCCUCAACUGGAGCCUCGACGAAGGCAUCGACGAUCCGGAGAGCCUUGCGCCGGAGACCCACCAAGCUGCCGAAUGCAAGGGACUGCUCGGGUCUGAAGCCGUUGCGGCGUUGUUUGCGGACAAGCCAGCCCCAACGAGAACCCAAGGCUCCAAGGACAAAUCGCCAGUGCUCCUUUCCUUCCCGCUGAC